CUUAGUAAAAUCUAUGCAUGAUGUCCGUAUGUUUGAGUUUCAGAUGUUUUGUGGUAUAAAAUGAGGAAGGAUGAGAAGGUCAGGGAUGGGUUGGAUAAACCCCGACUGUUGGCGUGGAUUCUGGUCUUAUCCUAAGCCUCCUCCGGUAGAAUUCUCCCGUAUUCUUCCAGACAAUGCUCCAGAGCUCCCGGAUCUAACCCUGAUACCGGACCAUGUCCAGAAACCAGGAUAUUACUACACCGGAAAACCGGAAGUUGUUCCUCAAGUUCCGGUCAUCUGGAACUUGGAACAGAUAGAUAAGAUUCGUAGUUCCUGCAAGAUUGCGAGUGGUGCUCUGAACCUAGGAGAGUCUCUAGUUGCUCCUGGAGUAACAACUGAGAAGAUAGAUUCUGAAAUCCGGGAGUUUAUUCUGAGUCACGGAGCAUAUCCGUCUCCUUUUAACUUCAAGGGGUUCCCUAAAUCUAUCAGCUGUUCAGUAAACAACGUUGCUGCUCAUGGUAUCCCAGACGCCAGAGAACUUGAACCCGGAGAUAUCAUCAACAUAGACAUCACCGUGUUCAAGGACGGAUUUCACGGGGACUGCUCCGAUACCUUCCCAGUCGGAGACAUAGAUCCAUACGCAGCUAAACUCAUCGACAUAAGCAGAGAGUGUUUAGAUAUUAGUAUCUUGAGAUGUAAGGACGGAGAACUAUACAGAACUAUCGGAGAAACUAUUGAUAAAUGCGCCAAAAAGAAUAAAUUCUCCACUAUACAGAUUCUAUUGGGACAUGGUAUAGGAACUUUUUUCCACGGCCCCCCUGACAUCUACCACUGCUUAAACAGCUACCCUGGAAAGAUGGCUGCAGGGAUGGUGUUUACUAUAGAGCCUUGCCUUUCCGAAGGAGAUAGGAGAAUCCGAUUUCUCCGGGAUGGUUGGACAGCUGUAACAGUUGAUAACUCGAGAACUGCACAAGCUGAGCAUACCAUACUCAUCACACAGACCGGAGCAGAGAUACUAACAAGCAGAUCUGGAGAUAUGUUAACCAGUAGACCGGGAGAUGUGUUAUGCAAUAUACCUGGAGAGGAAUUAUCUAGUAGAUUUGGAGAGGUGUUAUCCAAUAGACCUGAAGAGGAGUUAUCCAGUAGAUCUGGGGAGGUGUUGUCUAGUUUCCGAGAUGUGUUUUCUAACAAACCUACCGAUAAAGUAUCAAGUAGACUUGGAGAGAAAGAAAGCUGAUAGUAAAUAUAUAUCUAUACAAGUUUCAUUUUCUAGUCAAACGUAGUUUUUAUGGGGUGUCUUAAUAUUCAUGAGAUUUUGUUAGAAUCUUUCAGAACAUAGAUUGAGACACCCUGCAACUAACUAAUGAAUAAUUGUUAUGAUUUUGUGAACAUCUUUUACGGGUUUAGUUUUAACAAAUUAUAGCCUUCAAGCCUUACAUUGUACACUUCUCAUUUUCCGUUAGGAGAUAUGCGUAUUGGUACACAUCAUGUUGUACACAGAGCCUGAAACUUAAGACAGAGUAUCAUGAAACCCAGUAUCGGAAACAAUGGUUUCAUGAAUGGAGUUUAGACAGUUUUGUAGCCACCAUUAUUGUUAUGAAAUAUUAUCUUAUUUGGUUUCUUUGUAUUCUCUUUUUGUGUUCUAAUUUCUCAAAUCAAAAUCUACACAAAUGUUUCAUAUUGCUAAAACCUCAAAAAGGAAAAUCAGGACUCCCUUUAAUUUCAGGCUUUGAUGUAGAGCGUACACUGUAUACCUUUAUGUGUUGUUCCUAAGGAGGUUAUAACGUUGUACACUGUACACUGUACAUAUUGUACAUUGCACAAUUCGAACCCGAUGUUUUGUAAACUUAUCUUUUUAGAAUAAAAAAAAAUCCAAUAGCAUUUUGUAAUUAAAUGUUACUGAUUAUCGUGUUACUUACAUCUUGUUAUUGAAGUGUGUAAACUAGAUUUUAUAUUUGUAACUUUUUGAGACCUAUAGAUUCAUUCUGUGUUUGAAAAACCCAGUGAAAUAAAGAAUUCUAAAGCCACAAGAUA